AUGAUAUUAUGUUUAGCUGAUGAUGCAUACCCAAAUAGUGGGUCUGGUGAUAGCACUGCAGUUGAGUUGUUAAAAUUUGUUACCACUUAUCAAUUUCUAGCAACUCUGUAUUUCAUGUCAGAUGUUUUAAAACAGUUAAACUUGUUAAGCAAGACUUUUCAAAAAUCAGACAGUGAUUGUUCAAUAUUGUAUACAUACAUUACAGCAAAAACUGACACAUUCCAAAAUAUGAAAGAAAAUGCUGGUCCCAGAUUGUUCAAUUUCUUAAGUUUGGUGCCAGAUGAACCCCCAGAAUCUGGAAAGUUUUACAUAAGAGUUCUUGAUAAAGGAAUCUCAUUUUCAGUUGUUCUUGAUGAAGGGGAGGAGGGAGUUGCUAUUUUAGACAGUAAGAACUACAGGAAAUUUUUUGAGAGUAGUCGAAAACACUAUCUAGAUAACUUAAUUUCAAAUCUCAAAGAUAGGUUUGAUAAUCUUGGUCUUCUUGGUGCAUUCAAAAUAUUUGUACCAAAUAACCUACCACCUCCUUCUAGUGAUGAAUACAGAACAUAUGGAAAUCAGGAAAUAGAGAUUUUAUGUGAACAUUAUGGUGCUGAAAAGGCUACAGACAAUAAAGUUUUUAGUCCAGUCAUUGAAGCCAGUGAUUUAAAGGAUGAAUGGUUAGAUGUGAAGGGUAUAUUGUCAAGUAAUUUUAGAGGCAUGUCAUUUCAAACAGCAUGGCAGCAAAUAUUGUGUACUAAUAUUUUAAGUAGCUAUCCAAAUACAAUUAUAUUAGCCAAAAUAGCUCUUAUUGUGCCAGUUAGUACAGCUGACUGUGAACGUGGGUUUUCACGUUAUAAUCUCAUAAAAAAUAAACUCAGAGCAUCCUUAAAGGUGUCAUCAGUUAGUUGUCUUAUGACAUUAUCCUUAGAAACUCCAAGUUUAAGGGAGAUGGAUAGAUUUAAUUUCCAUCGUGCUUUUGAAAUAUGGUGUGCAAUGAAAAACAGACGAAUAUUUUCAUCCGCUAACAAUACUGUUGAUAUAACUGAUAAUAACAAACUGCUCUAA